AUGUCGUUCACAAACUGCCGGUUUUACGAAGAAAAAUACCCCGAGGUUGACUCCUAUGUCAUGGUCAAUGUCAAGCAGAUCGCCGACAUGGGAGCCUACGUCAAGCUCCUCGAGUAUGAUAACAUCGACGGCAUGAUUCUGCUUUCCGAGCUGUCCAGGCGACGCAUCCGCUCUAUCCAGAAGCUUAUUCGCGUUGGCCGCAACGAGGUCGUCGUCGUGCUGCGUGUCGACAAGGAGAAGGGCUACAUCGACCUUUCCAAGCGCAGAGUGUCGCCCGAAGAUGUGGUCAAGUGCGAGGAGCGGUACAACAAGUCUAAGAUUGUCCACUCCAUCAUGCGCCACGUCGCCGAGAAGACCCAGACCCCGAUCGAGCGCCUCUAUGAGACAAUAGGGUGGCCGCUCAACCGGAAAUAUGGCCACUCGCUCGACGCCUUCAAGCUGUCAAUAACCAACCCCGACGUCUGGGAGGGCAUUGAGUUCCCGAGCGAGGCGGUCGAGCAAGAGCUCAAGGGCUACAUUGGCAAGCGCCUGACGCCCCAACCCACCAAGGUGCGCGCCGACAUCGAGGUCACUUGCUUCGGAUACGACGGUAUCGACGCUAUUAAGGCCGCUCUGCGUACCGCCGAGGCAAAGAACACCCCCGAGCUGCAGGUCAAGUGCCGUCUGGUUUCUCCCCCUCUCUAUGUUCUCACCAACACUUGCCUGGACAAGAACGCGGGCAUUGCGCGGCUAGAGGAAGCCAUUGUCGACAUCCGCAAGAGCAUCGAGGCGGCCGGCGGGCACCUCGUCGUCAAGAUGGAGCCCAAGGCGGUCACCGAGUCGGAUGAUGCCGAGCUGCAGGCGCUCAUGGAGAAGCGCGAGCGCGAGAACGCCGAGGUCAGCGGUGACGAGAGCGUCAGCGAGAGCGACGAGAACCUACCGGAGGUUGUCUAA